GUAACGCGCCGUGUUCUUCUGCUGGCGGUAGAGACUGAGCCGCUGAGUUAAUCCACGCUAGCUUUGGCUGUCUCCGUUACUGUGUCGCCAUGGCCGCAGUGAAAGCGUUGAACCCGAAAGCAGAGGUUGCCCGGGCUCAGGCAGCACUUGCUGUGAACAUCAGUGCUGCUCGGGGACUUCAAGAUGUGCUUAAGACCAAUCUGGGCCCAAAAGGAACCAUGAAAAUGCUUGUGUCUGGCGCUGGAGACAUAAAACUGACCAAAGAUGGCAAUGUCCUAUUGCAUGAGAUGCAAAUUCAGCAUCCCACAGCAUCUCUGAUUGCCAAGGUGGCCACCGCCCAGGAUGACAUCACAGGGGAUGGCACCACCUCUAACGUACUCAUCAUCGGGGAGCUCCUCAAACAGGCUGACCUCUAUGUGUCAGAGGGCCUCCAUCCCAGAAUCAUUGCAGAAGGGUUUGAAGCAGCGAAAGACAAGGCUCUUGAAGUUUUGGAGCAGGUGAAAGUAACAAAGGAGAUGGACAGGGAGACCCUCAUUAACGUGGCACGGACUUCACUCAGAACCAAGGUGCACACGGAGCUGGCGGAUCUGCUUACCGAGGCUGUGGUGGACGCUGUGCUGGCUAUUCGGAAACCCAACGAACCCAUUGACCUCUUCAUGGUGGAGAUUAUGGAGAUGAAACACAAGGUUGACAGUGACACAGUGCUGAUUAAAGGCUUGGUGCUGGAUCACGGAGCCCGGCAUCCGGACAUGAAGAAGAGGGUGGAGGACGCCUACAUCCUGACCUGCAACGUGUCCCUGGAGUAUGAGAAAACUGAAGUCAACUCGGGCUUCUUCUACAAGAGUGCCGAUGAGCGAGACAAGCUGGUCAAAGCUGAGAGGAAGUUCAUUGAGGAGCGAGUCAACAAGAUCAUCGAACUGAAGAACAAAGUGUGCGGGGAUGGAUCCAAGGGGUUCGUGGUGAUUAACCAGAAGGGCAUUGAUCCGUUCUCCCUGGACGCACUGGCUAAAGAGGGCAUAGUGGCACUCCGCCGGGCAAAGAGGAGGAACAUGGAGAGACUCACCCUGGCCUGCGGAGGCAUUGCGAUGAACUCUGUGGAUGACCUCACGCCAGAAUGCUUGGGACAUGCUGGCCUCGUGUACGAACACACGCUGGGGGAGGAGAAGUACACUUUCAUCGAGAAGUGCGGAAACCCUCGCUCCGUCACCCUGCUGGUCAAGGGCCCAAACAAGCACACCCUGACGCAGAUCAAAGAUGCGCUGAGGGAUGGCCUCCGUGCAGUCAAGAAUGCCAUCGAGGACGGCUGCGUUGUGUCGGGAGCCGGAGCUUUUGAGGUGGCAGUGGCUGACGCCCUGAUGAAACACAAGCCCAACGUGAAGGGCAGGGCUCAGCUUGGGGUGCAGGCCUUCGCCGAUGCCCUCCUCGUUAUCCCUAAGGUCCUGGCUCAGAACUCUGGGUAUGACCCACAGGAGACCUUGGUGAAGCUGCAGACAGAAUAUAAAGAGUCAGGGCAGCUCAUUGGAGUGGACCUGAGCACUGGUGAACCAAUGGUUUCUGGGGAGGCAGGUGUAUGGGAUAACUACAGUGUGAAGAAACAGCUCCUUCAUUCAUGCACGGUAAUUGCCAGCAACAUUCUGCUGGUGGAUGAGAUCAUGAGAGCCGGCAUGUCAUCCCUCAAGGGUUAAGGGGCGGAGCCACAUCAUCGAGGGGCGGUCUUCCCAAAGGCCACCACUCCCAGCACUUCCCAUGUUUCCAGAAGUGAAGAGGCCGUUUUCAGAUGAAUAGGCUGUUAGUGGCACAUGGCGUUCUUCCUGACGUGUGUCUGAGAAAUCAACCCCCAUGGAAACGUCAUUGUGGUCUCCCAAACCUGUUGGUUUAUUUAUUUGAGAUUUUUUUUGUUAAUGGCACUGAGCUCAAAAUAGCAGUCCUUUGUACCCAAUAAAG